AUGCAGAACAAGCUCUUUACCGCUGCAGCCCUUCUCGGCGCUAUGGCAUCAGUACAAGCAUCGCCAGUCACCAAGCAAGUCAAGCGAGACGUCCUCACUGCCCUUCCUCAGGGUGCGGAUGAGAUUGAGCUCAAGUUCCAGCCUUCUCUUGACUUUGACAGUGACGGCUGCUACCAGACGGCUGCCAUUGACCCUGAUGGCAACCUCAACCCUGGACACGGUGCCACGGGUACUCCUCAGGGAGACUGUCGUGACCCUCCCCAGCUGGAAAACAGCAACACCUAUUCUCGCAAGCGUUGUAACAAUGGUAUCUGCGCUAUUAUGUAUGAGACAUACUAUGAGAAGGACCAAAGCGCACUGGGUACCUUUGCUGGUGGUCAUCGCCAUGACUGGGAGAACAUCGUCGUCUUCGCCAAGGACGACACAGUCCUUCGUGUUGCUCCUUCAUGCCAUGGUGGUUACGGCGGCGCCAGCAACGAGUUUCCGAUUGAUGGAACAAGCCCUCUACUCGUCUACCACAAGGAUGGUGCCGGAACACACUGCUACCGUUUCGCCAAUGACGAUGACCGCAACAACCCCGAGAACCCUACUGGCUCAUUCUUCAAGGCUCCUCUUGUCGGAUGGGACAACUGGCCCGAUGUUGGUCUCCGAGACAAGAUGCUUCAGAACUGGAGUGGAGGUGUUGGACCCAAGUUGGAUGAUGAGUUUGGUGACUCGCUCAAGGAUGCUGCUGGUGACGGCGUUGAAGGCUUUGACCCUUACGUUGACGAGUAG